AUGUUCCGACUUGUGCUAACUCUCUGCUGCCUUGCACUAUCCGCUGUAAAUUCCACAAGAUUCACAGCCGAGCAAGCAUUCUCAUGCACAAUUCAGAAAAAUUGGCAAUUUAGUUUGGUUUUCUGGGAGGAAGAUUCGUGGACGUGAGUUUUUGCCACGUGGAUUUUAAGCCCCAAAAUAAGGAAAUUUACAAAAAAACCUGAUUGCCACGUGGAUUUUAAGUCCCAAAAUAAGGAAAUUUACAAAAAAAACCUGAUUGCCACGUGGAUUUUAAGUCCCAAAAUAAGGAAAUUUACAAAAAAAAACCUAAUUGCCACGUGGAUUUUCAGCCCUAAAAUUUUCAAUCGAGAAAUAUUUUGCCACGUGGAUUUUCAGCCCUAAAAUUAGGAAAUUUUCAAUCAACAAAUUAUUUUGCCACGUAGAUUUUCAGCCCAAAAUUUUAAAAAAAUUUAAUAAAAAUUAUAAUGCCACGUGGAUUUUGAACCCCAAAAUUAAGACAUUUUCAAAUAAAAAAUAUUUUGCCACGUGGAUAAACUCAAAAAAUCUGAAAAUUUGCAGCCCCAACGAAAUCCUGCAUCAAUCGGGAACAAUAAACGUUCAAAAUAUAAUGGUAUAUAAUUUGGUGUCAAUUUUCAAUUACGAUGAAGGCGAUGGAAAAAUGGAUUUGAGUUACGAGAUCUUCAUGACAGUCUAUCAUAAUUGCACAUCAAAUGGGGCUCAUGUUUCGAAACAAUAUUUCUUGGGACACGUUGGAAUUCAUAACAAGGAGAAAUUGUUUGAGGCUUGGACACAACGAUAUAAUCUUGAUAAUAAAUAUUGA